GGGGAAAGGAGAGAGAGAAGCAGGCAGGAGCUGAGCAGCUAAAGGGAGCCGGUUUCUGCGGGAGUUACUGCUGGAGCCGACCGUGCGAUGGACAACCAGUCCCGGGGAACCUGUCCAACAGCAGCUGGGCCCGGUCACACCUGAGGAGGGCAGGAGCAGAGGGCAACAGGCGACAGUGCCCAUGGAGGGAAAGCAGAGCCCGGAGCCGGUACUGCCUUACCCCGGGGCCAGCCCGGGCACUGAGGGCUGUAGCACGGACUUACUGAAGGCGGUCUCGGACUCCAUGGGGCUGUAUAUGGAUGAACUGUUACCCCAGGCUGAGCUGGACUCCAAGUCUGGCCCUGAGCCGGACAAAAGCAGCCUUGGCCCCAAAGCCCUGGACAACAUGGACAUGGCCCCCGUGCCCAGCCUUAGUGAGGCGCCGGCAGCGUCCCCCUGGGUGAACUGUGACCUGGGCUUAGCUAGCACUAACUCGGACAGUGCCGAUGUGGACAAGCCGGAAGCUGGCCCUUGGCCCGGGGGCAGUGACAGGGCAUUGCCCCCUGAUGCCAGGUUGCGGCGGGGAUGCCCCGGUGAGGCUCCGGCAGGGGCCGGGGGGCCCCUGAAGGCCGAGAUGUACCCGGACCGCCAACCCCGGGGCCAGCUCUCCCCCCUCAACAUCUUCCGCUUCCCCUUCCUACCCCUCAACCCCAUCUACUUGGCAGCCCGUACCCACCAGCUGCUCACUGCUGAGGACUGUGACCAUGCCCCGUAUAUCCCGGACAUCUCCAGCUCAUACCCGAGCUUUAGCGAGCCCGCCUCUCCCAGCUCCAAACCCGAAGCCCCGCAGGCGGUGGUCGGCAUGACCCCGGAGCCUGGCACCACCUUCAGCUACGUGCCGCCAGGAUACCCCCCGUACCCGGAGUACCCGGCCGCUUCCCCACCCCAGCAGCAGCCCCGGGGACCCUCCAGGGCUGAGGCUCCCAUGGAAGACGCCGUGAUGUUUAAGACGGAGCCUCUGGAUUCCUACAGCGUCUCCCACCCCGAGGCAGGACUCGGCUGUAACUUUCUGAUCCAGGAUGAGAGUAUGCCAUCUACUUCAGCAGCUCCAGCCAGCUGGUACCAACCCAUCACAUACCUGGGCUAUCAGGGAGGCCCCAAAGCAAUGUCCGGCACCUACUCGCAAGCGUACUCCCAGUAUAGCGGCAUGAUCAGGCCAGAGAAUGGAAGAGGCCAUGUUUCUCACUUUGCCCCUGGCCUGAGUCUGCAGAAGCUCUGUCUGAUCUGUGGUGAUGAAGCCUCGGGAUGUCACUAUGGAGUCCUCACGUGUGGAAGUUGUAAGGUUUUCUUCAAGAGGGCUGUUGAAGGGCAGCAUAAAUAUCUGUGUGCUGGAAGGAACGAUUGCAUCAUUGACAAAAUUCGAAGGAAGAACUGCCCAGCCUGCCGCCUCAGAAAGUGUUAUCAAACUGGAAUGGUGUUAGGAGCCCGAAAGCUAAGAAAAUUCAGUAAACUAAAGAACAUCGGGAACAGCCCAUCUUCUCUGCAGUCCGAAAUGACACUAUCAAGUGUCAAUGCAGUUGCAGUACCAAAGGUCUCAUUACAUUCAGCUCGAGCGGUCCAGUUCACGCCGACACUCGUUUCCAUUUUACAGAUAAUUGAACCAGAAGUUGUUUAUGCAGGCUAUGAUAACAGUCAACCUGACUCAACUAACUAUCUGCUAACCAGCCUGAACAGGCUAUGCGAGAGACAACUUGUAUCUGUUGUUAAAUGGGCCAAAUCUGUACCAGGCUUCCGGAAUUUGCACAUAGAUGAUCAAAUGACUCUCAUUCAAUAUUCUUGGAUGGGCCUGAUGGUAUUUGCAAUGGGAUGGCGGUCAUAUAAACACGUCAAAGGAAAAAUGCUGUACUUUGCUCCAGAUCUGAUUUUCAAUGAGCAGCGAAUGCAGAAGUCUGCAAUGUAUGAUCUGUGUAUAGCAAUGCGACAAAUCUCACAAGAAUUCAUUCAUCUUCAAGUGACCCAAGAGGAAUUUUUGUGCAUGAAAACCUUAAUACUCCUUAAUACAAUUCCCUUGGAAGGCCUGAGGAGCCAAUCUUACUUUGAAGAGAUGCGGAGAGACUACAUUAGAGAGCUGAGUAGAGCCAUUAACUUCCAGGAGAAAUGUUCACAGAGCAACUCUCAACGUCUUUACCAGCUCACUAAACUGAUGGACUCAAUGCAUGAACUUGUCAAGAAACUACAUCAGUUCUGCUUGAAUACUUUUGUUCAGUCCCAGGCAUUGAGUGUGGAAUUUCCAGAGAUGAUGUCUGAGAUUAUAACAACACAGUUACCCAAGAUCCUGGCUGGCCUUGUGAAACCACUGCUCUUUCACAAGAAAUGAGUAAAUUUCUUUCUGAGUUGUGCUGACUGCUUUCAUUUAUAGGCAGCAUUUUUCUGCAUUAUGCAAGUUGACAGCUUAAUUCCAUUUUUGUGACCAUGACAGUACCACAAAUGAAGAUUAUUUCAAAUUUAUUCCAGGAGAUUUAGCAAUGCUGUUUGGCAUAUUGUUAUUGUGGAAGUCCAUUGCCAUAACUGCACUAUAUGUUUUGUAAGCGAUGAAAUGUGAAUUUAGGUCUUUGUUGUUUGAUGUAUAACUUCCAGAUCAAAAUGAUUUUGUAUCUUUUGGUACUUUCUGGUAUUUUGUAACUUUCAAAAUAUGUAAAGUUUCUGCAUCUGCUCUAAAUGGGAAUGCUUCUGCUCUUCAGUUUGAAAGCUGCAUAACCCCCUAAAUUUCAUUAUUCAUCAUACUUCAUACGGCAUGAAUGAUAUCAAUGUUUUUAUCUAGUUGUUUCACUGAAUUGUAUGAUCAUCCUUUACUGUGUCCAAUCAGAAAACUUCCAUUUUUUUGGUCUUUUCUUCUGUCACCAUUAACACUUGUAUCAGAUGCUGAAUAACUAUGAGAGAUCAACUUUACAGCUUUUAUGUUCAGUGGUAAAUAGUCAGUGUUAAUUUAGUUUGAAAAACUUUUGAAUCAAACUGACACUUUCUGAUGAAGGGUCUAGGCCAGAAACAUCAGCCUUCCUGCUCCCAAGAUGCUACUUGGCCUGCUGUGUUCAUCCAGCUCCAUACCUUGUUAUCGCGGACAUUUAAAUCUUACAUUUAUCUGCCCUCAACAUUCACACCUAAUUUUCAAUCUAAAUAUGAAUAGCUACAAAAAACAGACCUUGUAUCAAUAUCAAUGACCAAGUUUAUGAAUUCCAGAUCCAGAGCUUUUAUUAGUGGUGAUAUUAAACAAUAUGGUAAUGAUGAGUUCUCCUAAACACCUUUCCCUUUGAAAGCCAGUCACGAAGGUUUAGUUGGUUAAUGUUGCUUCUAUUAAAAGGAAACAAAGAGAAUACAAAAUUUACAUUUUUGGGGUGUUACCUUGUAGAUCAAUCCCUGUACCUUGAUGAUAAUUACUACAAAUAUCUGUUUCUUAAGCUAAAAGAAAUAAAUACAUGCAAAGCAGCAAACCAACCACUUGAAUACCAGGUACCAUAUUGUCACAACAACAU